AUGUUCCAACGACAUAACAUUUUGUUGGAGGUUAUUCCAUUUCGACCAUCUUAUCACUCAGGUGAUGAAAUUUAUGAUUUUGUUAUUGAAAUUUUGGAGAAAUGGGAUAUUAACAUUAAUAAUGUUCAUGUCUUUGUCCACGACAUUGCUGCAAACAUGGGGAAAGCUUUUCAUCAUCAAAGUUUUGAAUCUGUUUCAUGUACUUCUCACACAUUGCAAUUGGCAAUUAAUGAUGUACUUAUAAAGGAAAAACAACAUGAUGCACUGUGUAAGAAAGUUAGAUCAGUGGUUGGUCACUUUAAGCACAGUAUUCGAGCUAAUAAAUUGUUGAAAAAAUGUCAGUCUGAAAAUAGAAUUCCUGCCCAUAAGUUUAUACAAGAUGUAUACACAAGAUGGAAUAGCACAUUCUUAAUGCUUAAUCGAUUUUUAGAACAAAAAAAAAGUGUGUUGGGCUUAGCUCCAUUCAUUAAUUUAAAUGUAACAUUUUCUAUUAACGAUUUUACUAUGGUCAAGGAAUUAGUUAAGAUUUUGGAAAUAUUUCACUCUGCUAUUCUUACAUUAUCAAAAGAGAAUUCUACUCUGUCUGAAGUUAUUCCUUUACUUAGAAGUAUUUUUGUACCUUUAGAAACAAUAAAAGAUGUAUCAACUACAUGCAGUGAAACAGCAAAUGCUUUUAUACUAAAAUUAAAAAACCAGUUUAUUGACUUUGAAACAAAGGAACUUCUCACAAUCAGCACUUUACUUGAUCCAAGAUUCAAAGAUAAGGUAUUUUCUUGUGCAGAUAUAGCACAGCAAGGGAGAAAUUCUUUACUAAACAAAUUAAAAUUUGUUUAUCCAGUGAUUUGCCAAACUGUUGCCAACACAUAA